AUGACGAAAAAAGGAACAAACAAUGGUCAUGCCAAAAAGGGCCACUGUCAUGUGCAGCCUAUUUGCUGCACAAACUGCACCCGGUGUGUACCCAAGGAUAAGGCCAUUAAGAAGUUUGUUACUUGGAACACAGUGGAGGCCGCUGCCAUCAGUGACAUUUCCGAAGUGAGUAUCCUCGACAGUUAUGUGCUUCCCAAGCUGUAUGUGAAGCUGCAUUACCGUGUGAGUUGUGCCAUUCACAGCAAAGUGGUCAGAAAUCGAUCUCGUGAAGCCUGCAAGGACCAAACUCCUCCACCCCGAUUUAGACCUGCUGGUGCUGCCCCACGACCUCCACCAAAGCCCAUGUGA